GAAUCAAUCGCAAGUGAACCAUCGUUUGUAACAGUGCGUUCUAUUUGUAAUUUAUUUUCUUUGUCGGUGUAAUUAUUUUCUUAAUUCUGGCUAACGCAUUUAAAAAACUUGUCGCCAAAUACCAUAGGCCAACUUGUUUUGUGUCCAAGUCGGAUAAAGUAUAUUUCAAAUAUAUUUUCGGGUUCUAUUCUAUGUACCAUAAGAGUUACACUUAAGAGGUCUUGAGUUGUACUUUUUUUAAACAAAAAUACGGUGUUAUUUUCGAGAUUGUUUGUAAAUCAAACCUGCAAGAUGCCAGAUGUUAUAAACAAAGUGAACACCAUAUACACUGGUGAAAUAGGCCGUUUUUCAAAAAAACAUCCAAAUGUGGGUCUUUUUAACCAAAUAAGAGGCAUAAGCGUUGUCAAUGGGGACAUUAAAGACCUUUCUCCAAAAGUACGUACCUACGUCGAACAAAACAUCGACUUAUGUCAACCAGAGCAAGUACAUAUUUGCGAUGGUACAGACCAUGAAAACACGCAUUUAUUGGAUCUUAUGCAAAAAAAAGGUACCAUUAUACCUUUGCCGAAAUACGAAAAUUGUUGGUUAGCCAAAACCAACCCAGCGGAUACAGCUAGAGUAGAAUCAAAGACGUUUAUAUGCACUGAAAAACGGGCUGAGACAAUUCCAACCACUAAAGAAGGUAUUAAAGGUACAUUGGGAAAUUGGAUAUCGCCCAGAGACAUGGAAACUGCAGUCAAAGAACGCAUGGCAGGUUGUAUGAGAGGUCGUACCAUGUACGUGGUACCAUACUCUAUGGGUCCAAUCACCUCCCCAUUAUCCAAAAUAGGGAUUGAAAUAACCGACUCACCCUACGUGGUAGCUUCAAUGCGCGUCAUGACAAGAAUGGGCAAACCGGUUCUCAGCAAACUAAUCGAAAGCGAUGAAUUUGUAAAAUGCCUUCAUUCUGUUGGUACUCCCGCAAAUGGCUUCAUAGAAAUGCCCAGCUGGCCAUGCGACCCGGAACGUACCAUUAUUUUGCACAAGCCUAAGACCAACGAAAUCGUUUCGUAUGGCAGCGGUUACGGCGGUAACUCUCUGUUGGGAAAGAAAUGUUUUGCUUUGAGGAUUGGUUCCACUAUUGCUAAAAGGGAAGGUUGGCUGGCAGAACAUAUGCUGAUUCUUGGCAUUACAAAUCCUAAAGGCAAGAAACGUUACAUAGCCGCCGCUUUUCCAUCUGCUUGCGGAAAAACUAAUUUGGCCAUGAUGACGCCUACUUUGCCUGGCUACAAAAUCGAAUGUGUUGGUGAUGAUAUUGCGUGGAUGAGGUUCGAUAAAGAUGGAAAACUAAGAGCCAUUAAUCCAGAAAAUGGUUUCUUUGGAGUUGCACCAGGUACCUCGAAUAGCAGCAACCCUAUUGCCAUGAAGACCGUUUUUAAGAACACAUUAUUCACUAACGUAGCUUCAACCAGUGAUGGAGGUGUAUUUUGGGAGGGAAUGGAGAAUGAAAUCAAUGAAAAUGUGAAGAUUACAGAUUGGAGGGGUAAACAAUGGGUAAAAGGGGAGAGCAAAACACCUGCUGCGCAUCCCAAUUCAAGGUUCUGUACUCCAGCCAGUCAAUGCCCAAUAAUUGAUCCUGAAUGGGAAACCCCAGAAGGAGUACCAAUAUCUGCAAUCCUCUUCGGAGGUCGCCGUCCUGCCGGUGUACCCUUAGUUUAUGAGGCCCGCAAUUGGAGGCACGGAGUCUUCAUCGGAAGUACGAUGAGAUCUGAAGCUACAGCAGCUGCAGAACAUAAAGGAAAAAUGAUAAUGCACGAUCCCUUUGCCAUGAGACCAUUUUUCGGCUACAACUUCGGUCACUACCUCCAACACUGGUUGAGCAUGGAAAAUAGAUCAACCAAUCUACCGAAAAUUUUCCACGUCAAUUGGUUCAGAAAAGACAGUCAUGGUAAAUUCCUUUGGCCUGGAUUUGGUGAAAAUUCCAGAGUUUUGGAUUGGAUCUUAAGAAGAUUGGACAAUGAGGACUGUGCCACAGAAAGCCCAAUUGGAUUGAUUCCACAGGAAAACGCACUUAACCUGGAGGGACUUGAAGAGGAAAUCAAAAUGAAAGAUUUGUUCGACAUUCCAAAAGAUUUUUGGUUGGAGGAAGCGUAUGCAAUUGAAAGAUAUUUCCAAGAACAAGUUGGUAUGGAUUUGCCUGAAAUUAUCAACAUGGAACUGAGUAACUUGAAAAAACGUAUUAAUAAUAUGUGAACUGAUUUUUAUAAUAUUUAAGGAGGCUUAUAUUAUAUACUCCUUUUUGGGAGUUUAAAAGAUUUUAUUUAAGUAUUUUUUAAGUAUUUUUAAGACCAAUGUUUUAUAAAUUUACAAAGUUUUGUUAAUAAAAUAGGAAAUAUCAUAA